AUGCCUCAACCCCCCGAAGCGCAGGCUUUCAUCACCCGAGUACAGAAGCUUCCCCCAGGACCUGGGGCCGCGCCCCUCCUGUCUCAGGUCCUUCAGCCCUCGAUUGAAGACGAGGCCGAACUUCGCAAAUUGUGGGCCACCGAUCGGAGCAACGUCCGCCUCAACGAUCCUCACGUCGGGCUCGUCGACAUCUUCGACGCACCGGACGACAUACGCACCACCCGCGCCCGCGUCGUCGCCGAUGAUGCAGACCUCGCUACCCACUUCAUUCACCACCUACCCGCCGAGCGGCGCCGUGGAGAAGGCGCGCCCGCAACCGUCCCGACGCUCGACGCGUUCAAGAAGAACUGGGCGGUCUUCACCGAAGGCUCGCUCUCACAGCUCACCGACUGGAGCAAUGUCGUCGCCGCCGGGGGCGCCGUCCAGGCCUGCCUCGCCCCGCUGCCGGCGUCCGCCGAGGCGUCGCGGCGCGCGCUGCGCAAGCACUACCACAACGUCGCGUUCCCGAUGUCGGACGUCGACCUUUUCCUCUAUGGCCUGACACCCGCGGAGGCAGAGAAGAAGAUGCAAGCGAUCUACGAGGCCGUGCGCGACUCGGUGCCGUGGGACGUGACGUGCGUGCGGACGAAGCACACGGUCUCGAUCCACUCGCAGUACCCGUACCGGUCGGUGCAGAUCGUCCUGCGCCUGUACAGCUCGCCGGCAGAGAUCCUGGCCGGGUUCGACGUGGACGCGCCGUGCUGUGCGUAUGACGGGGCGCGGGUGUGGGCGAACCCGCGGGCGCUGGUCGCGAUGAUGCGGCAGUGCAACACCGUGGACAUGACGCGGCGGUCGCCGUCGUACGAGGUGCGGCUGACGAAGUACUCAAUGCGCGACUUCGAGGUGUACGUGCCGUCGCUCAAGCGCGAGGACGCCGAUCCCACGCUUUUUGAGCGUUCUAUUCAGCGGGUACAAGGGCUCGCGCGCCUGCUCGUGCUGGAGAAGCUCAUUGAUAGCGACACUCGCCAACGCUACCUCUCAGACAGACGCCGACUGCGAUCGAGGCCGGAUACGAGUUUCUCCCACAGGCACAUGAUCAGGAAGUUGAAGGGCGACCUAAAGGCGAACACCGACAUUGGAGGCAUCGAGAUGAACGACUACGACACCGUGUCGCUCCACAUCCCAUACGGCGCUGGCUGGGAUGCUCGCCGGAUCGAGAAGCUGGUGUUCCAGACCGAUUUGAGCAUGAACUCGCCGUACAAUCCGAAGAACAAGGAUCGCCGUCUGCACCGACACCCGGCGUACUUUGGAACCCUCGCUGAGUGUCUCGAGGAUUGCUGCGAGUUCUGUCCUGAACCGGAAGAUGACGAAGAAAAGGCCCUGCAGGAGGAGGAAGACAAGUCCUACGUCCGCGGCCGCAUUCAGUUCAUCGAAGAGGACCCCGGGCGACAGAGCAUGUCCGGGAGCUUCAACCCGAUCGACGAGGGCGAGUGGGCGGAACAGGCUUACCUGGGAGCCACCGAGAAGCUCUUCAACGCGAUUGUCGCCGGCGACCGUGACACGGCCGCGCGCCUGGUCGCCCAGGAUGGCUUCGACAUCGACCGGCGCGACCACGUCGGGCGCACGGCGCUUCAGGUCGCGGUCCUCGCCAAGGAGCAAGACAUUGCGUGCGACCUGAUCGACGCUGGCGCACGCAUGACGUGCCGCAUCGUAGACGGGCGCACGGCGCUGCACCUCGCGGCACAACUCGACUUGCCGCGCGUUAUCCACAAGUUGCUCGAGCGUAGUGCGGUCAACGAUGAGAAGGCCAAGGAAGAGGCGAAGGACGCUGCGAAGAAGGCUUCGAAGGACGCUGCUGAAGAGCGCGCCGAGGACGAGAUGGACGUCGACGAGGAAGAGAAUGAUGAGGAUGACGAGUCGGAGAAGGACAGCAGCGAGGACGACUGGUCUUCCGAAGGCGACGAGGAGAAGAGCGCGCCGAAGGAACCCCAGGUGGACACCGACCAAUUGCCCGAAGACGAGGAGGACGUACCGGACGUUUUCGAGAUUGACGCCACGGACUGGGACAGAGGCUUCACCCCGCUCCAGCACGCCGUCAGCUUCGGCGCGCUGAGUGCCGUCGACGCGCUCCUCGCCGGCGGUGCCGACGCGACUAUCAUCACUCAGGCCAGCGGCCAAGGCCCCGCAUUCCACCCGCUCACGCUUACGACAAUCACCCGGGACCAGGACGUCGCCAGCGAGAUCCUGCGGAAGCUCGUUGCGGCGGGCGCAUCAUCUUCCCAGGCCGACGACAACCUGUACACGCUUUUCCACCGUGUCGUCUGCGCGAAGAAACCCAAGCUCGCCGUCAUAGACUCUCCUUACGUCGAGGCCACCAGCAACAUGGUCUUCCCCAUUCUCAGCGCCCUCGGAAACGGUGAUUUCGCCACCAUGGCGAUCCUGCUCGCCCACGGCGCCAAGGUCUCGUUCACAGAGGAGAUGUACAGCAACGCUAAAUCGAUGAGAAAGAACCUAUACAACCAAGACACCAAGUGGUCCUGUCACAUCCCGUGGCCGCUCGAGUCGGCCCUCGCGCGGCGUGGCGAGGACUACGAGUUCCUCAUCGACAUCGGCGCAGACUUCAACAAGGGCGUUCAGCGCGCGUAUUACAAUCAUACACAGCCGAAAGACCACAAGUCCCUCCUCGACGUGAUCCGCGACCUGUGCGAUAUUGCGAAGCGGUUCAUCGCCGAGACAGAAAAGUUCCUCGCUGAGAACAGUGCGCCGCUCGCGAUCCAGGAGUUCGGGAGGCUUGCCGAGAUGAAUGACUGGAAGGGCGAGCUCGGGCGAAGGAUGCUGGCGCUGCACGAGGCCGAGGAAAAGGAGGAUGCCGCCCGAUGUGCGACCCAGGAUCGCGCCCCCCAGUUCCAGGUGAUCCGCCUGCGUCGCGCGUUGGCGUGGUACGAGGAGGUCGAGAAAGUCCUGGUUGAGAACGGAGCGAAGACGUGGCUGGAGCUUCACCCCGACGACGAAGAUGCGCAAAGGGAGAAGAACACGAACUACUUCGACUAUUACAAUUACCUUUCCCGCCCUUACUCGCCCCCCGUCACUUUACGCUUCUUCAUGGCACAAGGCGACUCUUCAAACCACACGGAAGUUCCUACGCACCUAGUCGCCUCGUACGAGGCCUUAUUCCAGGCCUGCGUGGAUGGCGACGACGCGAAGAUUGAAGAACUUUGCCUCCCCAAAGACCGUGUAGAUCCUGCCAAGCCGCUCAUUGCUAUCUCCUCCCGAUACGGUGAAGCUCCUUGGGGUCACACUCCUCUGUCGCUUGCUGUAGAGAACCGCCAUUGGUCCACUGCUCGCGUGAUCUUGGCCGUCGCAUUGGCGCAGUACAAGCCGAAAGAUGCACAAGCGCCGAGGUUCAAGCUGCCAAAGAUAUCCUUGGACAACGAGUCCGAGUCCGACGAUUCUGACGAUGAUGACAUGGACGACGACGAGGACAAGCCGGACCCAGUCAAUUUCAUCGACCUCGCCCGGCGUCCUUCGGAGAUCAAGGUCGCCUUCUCGCCCGAUAGCAUGCUGAAUGAGACACACUGGUAUGAAGACCCGAAAGCGAGGCGCAAGAUGCAUGCAAAUCUCAUCACCAAGGCGAUCGUGGAAAACGACUUCGAGGCCUUUGUCCAAAUCGCCGACCUGUUCAAGUCUCUACCGGGAGAGGUCAACAUGGACAUCGUGCCCCUCGCGACAGCCAUCAUCCACGAUCGUCCGGAAAUGCUCGACGAGAUCAUUCGACGCUUCGGCGCAGGAAUAGACGUGCCCGUCGACGACGACGACGACGAAAACGAAACCAUCGCAGACGGCAAGAAACCGUCCUCCAAGCGGAAGAUGUACCUCGGCCUGAACGUGCACGGCAAGAAGCGCAAGGACCUGGUCGCGAAGACUGACCCGGACGCGCCGGUUAGCUACGGCGCGAGCUAUGACUUCAUCCACCUAUGGCGCGCUGCGCACGAAGGCGCUGCGGGUUGCGUGCGCUACCUGGCUACAGAGCGUCCGGUCGAGGCGUACCGCUACUACGCAGCCACUCACAACGACGCUCGGGCCCAGUGUAUUCGCCGCAUAGGCGACCAGCUCCCGCAGAAAUUGGGGUGGAGCACCAACGCGCUCAAUGAGUCCGCGGUCACCACCGCGGUGAUGGGCAAUCAAUUGGACAUCCUGAAGAUGCUCGUGGACUUGCGCCCAGCUCAGAUUCAGAGCAUGCUCAUGACUCGCAUUCAUUACGUCGGGUUCAACCACCUCAGUGUCGCGGCCACCUUUGGCAGCUCCCCUGAGCUGUUUGACUACCUGCUUUCGAAGGGAGUUUCUCCUACUGAAACAGACUGCCGAGGAUGGAACAUAUGUCAUCUUCUCGUGACGGGCAAUCACUCUGUCCCCGAGCGUCUCAGGCUGCUCAAGCAUAUCUUGUCGACGCUACCAGAGGACGUGGUUACCAGCAUGAUGCUUCAGCAGUCCAAGGGUGCCCUGAACGCUGAUCACAGUCUGGCUUCUGUCAAGCUCCUCCUCCAAUCCAAGGCCCCAAUGUUCCUCCUUCGGGACCGCAAGGGCCGCACGGCCUUCCACAUCGCAGUCCACGAGCGCCACCCGGACCUCACGCGCCUGCUCGCCGAGGCUGGGCCCGACGAGAUGGUCACCGCAGAGGACGGCGUCGGGAACACGGCGUACGAGACCGCGGUCACGCACUGGCUCGAGUCCGCCGCGAACGGCUUGGCUCGCAACGUCGGCCGCCUUGGGACGCUCAACAACAGCAUCGACCAGUUCAAGCACCGCCGCGGCAAACCGCCGUCGCGCGAGGACGCGCAGGCGCUCGCAGACACGGUCGCGCGGCUGCACGCGCAGGGCCGCCUGCGCGACGGCACGCAGCUCGCGACGGCGCUCGAGGGGCUCGUCAGCGCGGCGGAAGGCGGGUUGGACCCGGAGGUGGUGGUGACGGAGGAGGAUACGGCGAAGGGCAAGAGCGCGUUGAAGUGGUACUUUGGUGGCCCUUCGACCCCUUCGGCGACGACACGAUACAUUUCGAGGACUUACUGCGAGUCACCACAGCGAAGGUUCUGCUGCGCCGUCAGUCGUGCGAGCCCACAUAUGAAUAGGGGUCUGAACUUCCUCUAUUCUCUCGUGAUCCCCUACGUCGACUCAGAUUCAACAUCCUUCAGCGUGAUCCAUCCAACUACAUUCAACCCAACAGUAAAUAUUCCGUGUCGACAUGAGCAACGACUCUCUGCCUUCGCACACCAUUCCCGUACCCUGGGCCCUUCCCCUGAGCUCUUCCAGGGCGAAUUCCACGCGCAAGCGACAGUUGAGCUCCCUCUCGCCGAUGCUACUACGCUCGUGUUCGAGGCGCUCGGGUCGAGCCUCCACGGCGACUUUAAGCUCGCACAGGCAGAUGCAGGGGACCCUGACGUCGAGCAUGGGAUAGUCGUCGUCGACAUUGACGCUUUCUAUCGGGGGGCGGACGCGCUGGAGGACGUGCAGGUUGGAUACUUGCAUCGUGAGGUUUACACUGGAGUGGAAGAGGGCGCCGGGGUUUACGACAUGACUGACGCAUCCUCGGUGUCGGUGUUCAGAAGUGCCGGAAAGGAGGGAGCAGAGCAUCGUCUGGCUUGCAACGUGGGUCCCACCCUGCGCGUUUUUGUUCGUGAAUGCAAUACAGAGGGAAGAGUCAUGGUCAGGCUAGCGGGCUGCACACACGGCAGAGUCAAGGACGUGUAUGAGGCGUCGCGGCGGGAAUACAUAAGUAUCCGAAUGGGAAAGUUCCCGGCGGCGCUUCCAACUGAGUCCAUAACGUCAUCCGUGUUUCAAAAAAAGUUCACCUGGGCGUUCAGCGCCCAGGUCGCGGGCACCUGGGACGCGUCGGCGGAGGCAGGCAUGUUGAAGGAGACGACGAGGAGCUUGGAGUCGGCCCACUGUCGCGCACUCGUGCUCGUUGUGCGAUUGCGAUGGGUAUGA